CUCUCCAAUUUCGCAAGAGAAAAUUUAUAUUUCUUAAAGUCACAGAAAAGAAACAGCUGGUUCGUUGAAACAUGAGUGACGUCAUUCCGUCACCACGCCGAGGCAAAAAUUGUUUUAUAUUCACCAAGCUCUUACACCCGGUGUCCAGAAGACUUGUCACUGUGCCUUUGUUUGUGUGUAGGAAUGGUGUCAGUUACUCUGUCAAGAUGAUAAAGCGAAAACUACUUUCACUUUAUGGAAUUGCUAACUACAGGGAUUAUGAUGUAUAUUUAAUGGAACAAAACUCUAACCGGAUAUUGCCUGAAGAUCAACCAAUUUCUAACUUCAUGCCGCUUAGUGAGUCAUCUUGUCUGAUGUUUAACCAGAGGUAUGUGCAAGAAACCAUGAGACAAGAUGAUGAUCAUUCACUGAUGGGACAAGUGCCUUGUCGUGGACGAAGAAGAAGAAGGGCUCGUAGGCGAGAAGCCACUGUUGAGUUGAUCGUGUUAAAUCCAACGAACAACAAUUUACAAAUGUGUGAAAUUGUGUUGUGCAGAGGUGGGAUGGCGUGUACAGUUGCACAGACAAAAGAACUUUUGUUGCGAACAUUCAGCAUCUGCCACAACUUUGACAGAUACCAUCUGGCUGUUCACGUGACCAAUGCCUCGUUUCUAUUGGCUGAUAACGAUCUCACAUUCCCUUAUAUGUAUUUAGAAGACGAUGGGUUCUAUUUGUCUUUCACCACAGUUGCCUAA